AAGUCUUCCUAUCUUUUAUUUUCGAGGUUAUGGUUAUGGAUGCUUAAAAAUAGUAAAAAUAAGCAAUAAUUUAUUUUUAAUUUGUACAUUACAGAAAGUAAAAAAUUCACUGUCCAAGAACAAUCCCGCAAUGGCGAAAGAAGACAAACUCGACUGGAUCUAUAAAGGUGUCAAGGGUCUAGUAGACCGAGAAGAAUAUUUGCUGGGCAGAAAAGUUGACAAAACCUUGGAGCAGCUCAACGAUGAAGAAAAGGAGAAGAAAUUCGUCUUGCCUACGCCCAAAAAUCAUGUAGAACAUGAAUGUAUACCUCCGUCAAUUAGGGAUUUUAAUAAGAUUGUACAAGCCGAGCAGGUUGAUUUAUCUACGAAACUACAAGAAGAUCCUUUAGUUGCCAUCAAAAAACGUGAAGAAGAAGCUCGUAGACAGUUCCUACAAAAUCCAGUCCAGCUCAAAAAACUCCAGGAAGCAUUGCAUAAAAAGCAUCUCAAAAAGAACAAACCGAAAAAGAAAAAAAAGCAUUCCGAUUUGGAUGAAAAAAUUAAAAACAAACUUAAAAACCUCAAAGGCAAUCCUUUGGGAUUGGGAACAUCUAAAAAAGAAUCCAAAAAAGACAAAGAUGAUGGGCUUAAUACAAUUUUAAUGCACAAAUUUAACGCGUUGAAAGCCAAAUUAUCUGAAGAGGAUUUGAAUGAUAUCUUAAAUGGAAAAGUGAGCAGUGACAGUGAUGAAGAGACAGAGACUAGAAAGAAACAGCAUUCAUCAGACAGUGAAAGUGAAGAAGAUAAAACAAAAACUUUUCGAGACAAUAAUGAUAAAAGACAGACAAGAAGACGGGAAGAACAGGAUUACCAUAAUAAGAGAAAAAAUAGAAGUAGGUCAGACAGUGAAAGUAAAGAACACAAAAAAAAUACUUUGAGAGACGAUAAUGACGAAAGACGACCAAGAAGACGUGAAGAACAGGAUUACCAUAAUAAGAGAAGAAAUAGAAGUAGGUCAGACAGUAAAAGUAAAGAACACAAAAGAAAUACUUUAAGAGAUGAUAAUAACGAAAGACGACCAAGAAGACGAGAAGAAGAGGAUUGCCAUAAUAAGAGAAGAAAUAGAAGUAGAUCAUACAGUGGAAGUAAAGAAGCCAAAAAUACUUUUAGCAAAAAUAGGGAUGAAAGACGACCAAGCAAACGUGAAGAACAGGAAUUCCAUAACAAGAGAAGAAAUAGCAGUGAAAGUAGGUCAAAAGAAAGGAGACAAAGUAGUGAGCGCUUAAGAAAUGAUAAAAAAAGAAGAGAAGCAACUUCAAGGAGACGUUCACGAAGCAGGAGUAGAUCAAGAGAAAAUUAUAAAGCAAGCAGAGAGGUUAAAUAUGAAAAUAUAAGAAAGAAUAGGAAUAAUAGUUCAGUAGAAGAAACGUCUACGAAGAAGGCAACAAAAUAUGAAGAGAAAUCAAGUAAGACGAAGAAUGACAGCGAAACUGAACUAGAAAAAAAAAUAAUGGCUCAAUUAAAGUUGUUAAGAGGCGAACUCGAAACUAAAGCCGAAAAGAAAGUACUUUAUCCAGAGAAACCCCAAAAUCUCAAAAAAAGUAAUGAUUCAGAUUCAGACACUAGUAGUGAGGAUCAGGAAAAAAAUAGGAAAUUCAAAUAUAGUGACUCAGAAGAUGAAAAACCUAAAAAGAAAUCUUUUGGUCUAGUGACAUCAGAUGGUAAAAGCAUCGCCUUGAAAAAUGAAAGAUAUGAGAAAAAGUCAGCAACAAAAAAGGUUGAGGAGCCUGUAAAGACUGAAAGAAAAAAUAUCAGAAAAAUGACUGAACAAGAAAAAGAAAAACUAAGAAAAGAAAUGAUGCAAAAUGCCAAAUCACGGGAUAUAGAGCGCGAGUAUACUGUUAAAAAAUAUAGGGAGAAUAAUAAACAGGAAGAAGAACUCGUGUCUAAAAAAUUUGAUGCUGAUUUGAUCCACAAUGCUCUUCUAAAAAGCGCAAAACAUUCUUCGGUCGAAGAAAGAAUCAAGUCGAAAUUGAAUAAUAUUCAGCGGUCUUCUAGACAUAUGGAUCAGAAUUUUACGAAAAGGGAGUUAGGCUUGAUAACUCCUCUAAGGGAGAGUAACACUAGCAGACUCUUGGCAUGGAUUUCUCAAGAUUAG